GGACAGUUGAUGACCUUGCACCAAUUUAAGAGAUGGCGGUACUGGUGGAACUUCUUUAGGAUGUUUUGUACUUGACUUGUAUUGUGAAGAAAAGCCGAGGACAUGUAUGAACUUUAUAAAGCUCUGUAAAAUGAAACACUACAAUUUCUGCCUCUUCCACUGUGUACAGAAAAACUUGGUAGCCCAAUCUGGAGAUCCUAGCGGCACUGGUCAUGGCGGUUGGUCAUAUUUCAGGCAUUUAUACGGUGAGCAGGCAAAAUAUUUUGAUGCUGAAAAGAAACCGAAAAUAUCGCACUCGCAUAAAGGUCUGGUUUCCAUGGUGGACAAUGGUGCUGGGCAACAUGGUUCUCAGUUUUUCAUAACAUUGGCAGAUGAUCUCAACUACUUGGAUGACAACCAUACAGUUUUUGGAUAUGUCGCUGAAGGUAUGGGUUUUGUUGAUAAAAUUAAUGAGGUGUAUUGUGACAAAGACGGACGACCCUACCGAAAUAUUAGGAUACACCAUACGUUUGUCCUCGAUGAUCCAUUUGUUGAUCCAAAAAGAAUAGAAUAUCCUAAGUCACCACCGUCAAUACGGGUUUCAAAGUUUGAUACUCGAUUAGAAGAAGAUGAAGAGCUAGAUGAUACGGAGGGGCUUUCUCCCUCACGACUGGAGGAAUUAAAGGCCGAACAAGAAGUUAAAACUCAUACUCAGCUGCUUACAUUGAUAGGCGACUUGCCAGAUGCUGAUGUUAAGCCACCAAACAAUGUCUUAUUCGUGUGUAAACUUAAUCCUGUCACUACAAGUGAAGAUUUGGAAAUUAUUUUCAGUCGAUUUGGUGAAAUUAAGUCAUGCGAAGUGAUAAGGGAUAAGCGCACCAAUGCUUCUCUUCAAUAUGCAUUUAUUGAGUUUGAAAAGGAAGCUGACUGUGAAGAUGCAUAUUUCAAAAUGGAUAAAGUUGUAAUUGACGAUAGACGUAUUCAUGUGGAUUUCAGCCAAUCAGUUGCUCGAGAAUGGCAGUCCUACAGAAGCGGUAAAGUGCUGUCUGGUCAACACAAUAGUGUUCCAAAAGCCAAAGGCUCACUGAACACAAAACAAUCUCAUUCAUCCAAGUUAUCUGAGCAAAAUAAUAACAAAAGAAACCAUUCUCACCACUAUUCUUCACAAAGUCACGAUAACAAGAAGAAAAGAAGUAGUCCAAUAAAACGCGACUCCCCUCCAUUGUUAGGUGAAGGUUAUGAUUUAGUUAUCUCCGAAGAAUCCGAUUCGGCGUCCUCUGGUUGUUCUCAGCACAGAUCCAAGAAAAUGCAUCAUAGUAAGUUGGUUUAA